AUGGACACGAUAGCAGUCGCCCCCAAGGCGUCCGCGCUGGCGUCGCCCAAGAUUGUUAAGAAUGCUAAGGGCAACAUUAUACAGACUAGCCAAAUGGCUCAUAUCGAGUAUGGCUGUGAACACAUGGGCGAAAUGUUUGAGAACGCGCGUAAACAGACUCUCCAGCACUACCGAGCGAUCCUACAGAAUAUCCACGAGAAACCGAGUAUAAUAGCGCAGACCUACAGUUCAACAGAUGGGCGCAAUGUCGUGUCGCUCAGACCGCUAUUUCUAUGCCUGCAAUGCCCAAGCAUCAUGACUGAGGUGGACCGCGAUUUGCACUUUGAGACUAAGUCGCAUUGCUUCUCCGUGGAAUCGCGAGACGGUAAUAUAUACUGUGGAAACUGCCAGGACUAUAUAUACGACGAAGCACUCGAGAUUCUAAGACUACAAAAAGGCAAAAAGCGGAAGUACGAAGACACCACUACGACCGAGGACCACAAGCUUGUCAUUAGCAACUCAACCUUCCUUCCCUGUCGAGCGAUCGGCCUGCGUGGUCUAUACAACAUGGGCCAAACAUGCUUCAUGAGCGUAAUCCUACAAACCCUCGUUCAUAACCCUUUCAUACGGAACUUUUACCUUUCGGAAGGACACAAACAGACGGACUGCGAAAAUGCGUCGUGUGUCAGCUGUGCGUUGGAUGAGAUGUUUGUCGAGUUCCAUUCGGCUGAGAAAACGGAAGGCUUUGGCGCUGUCAGUAUGCUCAUGGGUAGCUGGCUAGCAGGAGAAGCUCUGGCAGGAUACCAACAGCAAGAUGCGCAUGAGUACAUGCAGUUCAUACUUAACACGCUCCAUCUGGCUAAUGGAGGCUCGACCGAUGAUUCGGAGGAUUGCAAAUGCGUGGUACAUCAGACCUUUUGCGGGAAGCUGUCAAGUACGGUAAUGUGUGACAAUUGUAGGAACGUCACGACUGCCUUAGACCCGUACAUGGACCUCAGCCUAGAUGUGCGGAUCCAGGGGAAGAAGCGGAAGCAGCAACUCGCAGAGAAGGGAGAAGAAACACCCUUGGAUCUGAGAGAUUGUCUAGAACGCUUCACUGUGAAGGAGAAACUCGGCUCAGCAGACUACACAUGCCGGAAUUGCGACAGCCCGCAGAACGCGACAAAGCAACUGAGUAUCAAGAGACUGCCACCAGUCCUCUCUAUUCACCUCAAGCGCUUUGAGCACACAAAAUCCACAUCGUCAAAGAUCGAGACACCCGUUCGAUUUCCCGUAAAGUUAGACAUUCACCCCUAUACGACAGCCCACAAGGCCGCCAUGCGCGCCGCAAAGACAUCUGGAGCGCCUCCUUCAAACCACAACAUAAACAGCCCGACGAACGCUCUCAUAUACGAGCUUAGUAGUGUUAUCGUGCAUAAGGGCAAGAUUGACUCAGGUCACUAUAUCAGCUACAGCAGGGAAGGCAGUGACUGGUUCAUGUUUGAUGACAGCAAGGUUGUGCUAGUCAGUGAGGCAGAAGUCCUUGCAGCAGAGGCCUAUCUUCUUUUCUACAUGGUCGGCGGUCUGGAAGUGUAAGAAGGAAGAGAGCGGGCUUCGUUAGGUGGGAUUAUUGUAUCGGUCUUCGGUAUCGGUGUUCAGCUGCAUGUUGGGCGUUUACUCGUAUGGAUGGGUAUGAGGUUUGCAUGAUACAUGCUAGAAGCAUAGCAUCUCUCUCUAUUAGGAGGGUCUGCGGUCAGUGUUAGAGGGUUCGCCCUGUCAUCAGAAGCGCUGCUGAGCAUAAUGACUAUAAUUUCCUCAUUGGCUUGCGACGAGCAGUGGGUCACCU